AUGAUAGGAUCGUUCCUCACUCGGGCCCUUGCGUACGUAAUCUGUUGGCCAUUCCUUUCACUCUUGCUAGUCGGAAAUGUCAUAUAUGUGGCUUUUGAUAUCACAGAAUGGCUCUCGGAUAUGCCUAUCCGGCUUAUGAAUGCUUCAAAACAGUGGAGAAGAAUAAGCCAGAGAUCGAACAGCUACGAUUUUGGUGUCAAUACUGGUAAUUCUCCAUUUUCAACUGGUAGUGCAGCCUUGGUGUCGAUAUUUUGUCUAAGAUGGCUGACAACAUAGUUGUUUAUUGAUCCCAUUUUACUAGGAUUUUAGUUGCAGUAUUGACGGUCUUUGAGAAGGUCGGGGACGCCUUUGUUUCGUGGUAAGCUGCAUCUUCCUUUUUAGUUUGGUCUUUUUUCUGGGCAGUGAUGUGAUCAAUUGCCCCCCGUCCUGUUUUGAAGGUUGCCCAUGUACAGUGAAGCAAAGCUGGCAUUCUUUAUAUAUCUCUGGUAUCCCAAAACAAGGGUAUGUAGCCUGAGACACCAAUGACUCACCAAAUUUUCAGGAUAUUGCUUUACCUACUCUUCCAGUCGCUAAUGUCUGCAGGGGACAACAUACGUCUAUGAUACCUUCCUUCAGCCUGUAAUUUCAAAACAUGAGCCAGAAAUAGACCGAAGCUUGCUUGAAUUAAAAACUAGGGCAGGAGACAUUAUGAUUCUGUAUUGGCAAAAAGCUUCAAACUAUGGGCAGACGCGGUUCCUUGAAGUUCUGCAGUACAUUGCUUCUCAAUCUCAGACAUCUAGACCUCGACCUCCUCAGGUAUUCCCUGGUUAUGAUAACUAGGUCUUCUCUUUCUGAAACAAGUCUCCUUGUCUCGAAUUUUUUGUCAUACGAUCCUUGACCUAGUGGGCUGCCGCAGACAGUGGGUUUGGGGCUGCAGCAGCAGGGGUUCAAACGGGGUGGGAGGAUUGCUGAAAAGGAGAUGGUGUGCUGUGCAUGAUAAGUAGGCAAAAUAGGGUUGCAUGACUAUGAUUUUGUGGCGGUAGGCUAGUUCGUUGGAAACAAGAGUGGGAUUGGGGGGGGUUGGUCUGUUAGAACACUGUGUAAGGGGCAGUUGGGGAUGUUAUGUGGGGAUUGGAGAAUGUGACGUGGGGUGAGCUGAGGAAACUCAACGGCAUUACUGAAAACAGAACCUUGUCCGAUGGUAGGGAUACAUUGUAUGAGGUGAUUUAAUGGAAGAAAAUAUAAUACGGAUUCACUAGCUCCUUACUUAGUACGAAUGAAUGAAAUGAGGGAAUCCAUAAAAAUAAUUCAACAGGCUCUAGAAGGAAUUCCGGGGGGACCCUAUGAAAAUUUGGAAGUCCGACGCUUUGAUAGAACAAAAGAUUCCGAAUGGAAUGAUUUUGAAUAUAGAUUUAUUAGUAAAAAAACCUUCACCCAAUUUUGUGGUAAGCAUUCUGCAAUCAUUAAGUAGUUAUGUUGUAGUUUGCUAGUUAUCUUUAUCUAUCACUCUAAUUGUGGGGUGCAAGUGAGGAACUAGGGUUAUUCUAAAUACAGGGAGUAAAUCAUGGUUAUUUGGUUUUAAGCCUCAUUGACUGCUUCUAUUGUUAAUUAAUAAAGAUUACGAAAGGAAAUGUAUUGGAGAGAUAGAGAGGGAGAAAAUUGUCAAUAGCACUGACAUUUUCUGGUAUCAGUUGAACACUGACAUUAAUUUUUAGACCUAGAAUCUAAAUAUUUACCAUGUCAUUCGAGCAAACUGAGGAUAUAUAUUAUACGAUCAAUAAAAUAUUUUCUUGUUUCUACAAACUGCAUCAAACUUAUGUUUCCUGUUGUUCUGCAAGAAAAUCCUUCUAUUUAUUUGUAUACUUAUAAAAAAAAAAUUAUUUUCAAUCUGAUCUUCGUUCGUUGUAUCCGUUGGAGUCAUUCCAAUUUUCUCCUUUGUCUUACUAUAACUCUUGUUUCACAUGGGCUCUUUUGUCCAUCAACCAGGGCCAUAUGAUAGCAAGCAAUUUUCCAUUUCCCCUUGUCUUUUGUCAAAAUAUUAAACAUCAAUUGCAUCAAUUUUACUGUGAUUUUGGACAUUAUGUCACUUGAAGUAAGUUCUCUGCCGUCAAGAUCGCAUGCCCAUGUCUAAUCAUCUCCCGAUAUUUUGGAUACUGGAAACCAGGGUGUUGAUCCUGAGCAGGAUCUUGUUUUGUGAUUAGUACAUGAUUUAGGCCUUUGAUUCUGAAAGAUAUCGAAGGCAGUGCACAGCAGUUUAGAUGUGCAGAUCUUGUGCUACAGUCAUUUUUUCUUUUUCCUUUUUCUUUCCUUAUAUGCUAUUUCUUUCCCUUGUCCCCAAUGGUGGUGGCAUCAGUGGGAGGGAACCCUCCCCGUCCUACCCUCUUCUUUAUCUUCUAUUAUUGCUCUUGAGCUGUUCAUCCCUGAGCCAUCUUUGGUCUUGCUGGAAUUGGGUCAGACAUUUAAUUCAUUCAUCAAAUGACACUUUUCCUCCUGUUUGGGUCAUUGCAGGCCCCUCUCUCUCUCUCUCUCUCUCUCUCUCUCUCUCACACACACACACACACACACACACACAAACACAGAGGGGAGGGGGAGAGGGCAUGUCUGAUAAUGACUAUCUUCACAAGACCUUAAAGUCAACUAAUCUGCCAUGCUCAUUCUAAUCAGUGCCUUGCAUCGCAUUAUGACUGUCAUUAACCUAUUCAGGUCCUUGUAGGUCCAUAAUUUUGUCUUUGCCUUCAAUGGUGGCUGCAGGCCCGUCGACCACCGCCCACAGCGCCGACACCACCUCCUUCUGCUCCAACCCUGCAGCCCGAGGACCCACGGCCACCUCCCAGUCCUGCCAAGAGCCAAGCCCGCGAUCCUAAUCCAGAAUCGGGCCCUGGUCCAGCGGCACCACCUGCUCAGCCGCAGCAGGCGGCACGGUCGAGCCCAGCGAAACCUGGCGGCGCCGCCAGCCCCGCCCCAUCCAGUGAAACAGAGCCGAAGCAACCCGAAGUCGGUGAAACUUCAGUUGUUGAAGCUGUGCCUGAGGUGAUAAUGGAGGAGGCAGUCAAAGUCACUCGUGGUAGGUUGAGGAAGACCCGAUCUGGCGGCCCCGCAGCGCCGCCGCCACCACCGCCACCGCCGCUAUGA